UAUUGUCCAAGUUCUCCACUCCCGCAUCACCGAACCGCCAACUUCGUAUCUAGUUUACGUGCGUUUCGUUUCGUUUCGUCUUCGCUUCUCCGAUCGUAAUGACUUAGAAUAGUAUCCAAGCAUUCGGGCCCAGGCUGGGAUUAUCAGCAUCCUGCUUGUCCACUCGCCAUUGCCGCCUCUAUUCCUGCAUUAGCCCGAAGCCACCGAGCCACCGAGCCACCGAACCGCCGAACCACCCAUUUAUCAAACCAAGACUCCUGACUAUAGCCACUUCACGAUGCCGGCCUCCUUAGUUGUAAAUCUUGGUGCUGGAUAUAGAUAGCUUCGCCUCUCUGCUGAACCGGAGACGCCAUAUUCAUCUCGCAGAAGGGAGGGCUGCUUCAUACCACUGAGCCAGCCUCCGGCCGCUAUGACGGACUCCAAUGCAAACCCCCUUCCUCGCCCCAACACCCCUGGGCGGGUCGCCGCCAGGACUUCCAUUCCGCCAUCUUCCAGUAGUUAUGGUAGCUACGACACCGGCGAGCCGAGUACUGCUGCAAAUCAACCCUAUGAUACAUCGGUAGAUAGCACAUCCUUUCGUCGAACGGCCCUUCGUAGGCCUCCAGACCCGAGCCCAGACCCGCAGUCUGUUCAUCAUGAAGAGCAGAGUCGAGACCAUGAUACACACCGAAGGCUUCGACUUCCCAAGCCCCGGCCGAGUGGUGGGUUUCUUCUAUCGAACAAUAUCUUGGGCCAAAGCUCCAGCCUGGAGACUAGGCAGCGAGACGGUGAUCGGAGGAAGUCUCGUAUUCCUGUGGACAGUCGCACAGCGAAGAGUCCAUUCAGAUCUUCCGAGCAUCGCAGUCCUUCAGAAUCCACCGGUCCCAGAAUUACACUAGAUGAAAAGGAAAGCACAAAAGCACCACCAGCACUGGUGUCCAGCGGCGCCGAUGCUCGAGAGAAAGAGGAUAGGCCGCAUAGCCAAAUGGCUCUCAGGCGGAGGUCCAUGAUCCCGUCGCCACGACCGAGUUCGGCCCCAUUAGAUGUCGACUCGAAUCAAAUAGUAUCAAUGGCUCUCGACUUGAGCGAGUCUAGGCGGCUAGCGUCAAGAAGAAACAUUUCAACCCCCAACCCACCUCGCCUCGUUCAGCUCCCCGAUACCACUGCUGGACGUAGUCUUAAGCAGCAUCUACAGCAACAAAGACGGACCUCGCGCAACAUAUCUCCGAGAGCGGAUCGGAUUCUGUCUCCGAGAAUCGUUUCAGCACCCAGGAUUAGCAGCCCCUUGCAACCUGCUUUCGAGCAUGAUGGCAGCUACACCUACCACUUUUCGGCUUCGACGCUGGAUCGAGCUCAAAGGGCGAAGAAAUACCUGGAGCUUAUGGCUCAGUACAGGAGACUUUUCUCAUUUCUACCUCCUUUGAAACAGAAUACCCGAUCGCGGCCAUCUACUGCAAAUCCAUUGACAUCCCCUAACUCUACAGGCUCACCCCGCGAUCCUGUUCUUACCUCUCAAAACCAAGUGUUGGGUCGUCCUUAUAAUCCUCUCCAAUAUAUUCGAAACCGAAAGAUCCGCACUCGCGAACGCAAGGUCAUAGACGGAGAAGCUCAGGGAUUUGGGGAUAUAAUUAAAACCACGGACUGGGUUGACCAGGUUGCGAGUUUCGCCGCAGUGUCGCCUACUACUUCCCGCCGGCCGAGCUUGCCGCCAUUUUCGGCCGCAGAUGAACACCUAGCACAGCAGCUUCCAGCUUCGAGUCUUCCGAUGCCAGUCUCGACAUUGACUAAGCCCAAAAGGCCUAGAUUUGACUGGAGUAUCGACCCAGCAGACAUGCUCGCAGAUGUAUAUUGGCUGGAACAGGAUAACAAUAGGUAUCUCAUCGAAGAUCGGCACUUUACAAAGAUAUAUACACCCGAGACAGCAGUCUCUCAACCAAUCGUCCUAGAACUUGAGCCUAGCCUUGCCGUACCCGCACAUAUAGGAAAUCCGGAGGCCAAUGACAGCGACCUGCCUCAACAGGACAUUAACCGUUCAACAAAUACAGACAUAGAUACAACAUUAUCAAGCAGGAGAUAUCGUGCUCGCCAGAAACUUCAGGAUCUAAGAGCACAUCAUAGACACAGCUAUUCUACUCAUUCCCAUCAUGACUUCCUCAGACUCCGACGGAGCUCGUCAUCAGAUUCAUCUGAUAAUGAAAGUGAUCGCCGUAGAAGAGGUCGUACCGGGACCAUCAGUGCUAGUGGCAAAGAUUUGCUGGAGAAGCAGAUGAAUGAUAUGCUUGCAAAAGAAUCCCAAGAUGAGCAGGAACUUGUCGCGGGCGUAGUCAAUCACAGUCGCCUCAAACCAUUACCGGCUGGAAUUAGUGCCCCUGAGGGAAGCUCUCAAAUCUCUCAUCUGGGCCACCGGCGCACAAAAUCACAUAUGCAAGGCACCCAGCAGGCGGGCAAAGCUCUAACAGAUAAGCCAACCCAAACGCCGCCAUUGAAUUCUCCACGUGCGAGCUUGGAAGUACCUAGUGGCCCCUACAGGUCUUCUCUAGAACUUGAUUCCCCUCGGCCACCCGUAUCUGAUGUGGUGCUAAGGGGUCGUCAAAAUGGCUGGGUUCCUGCUAUUGGAAUGGACCUUUCACCAACAGUUAGUCGCCCUAAUUCACCGGCGCGAAAACCAUUCUCGAAAGUAAAGAGCAUAUUUCGAGAUCGCAGCCGAGAUCGUGAAGAAAAUGACGACAGGGUUAGCAGCCCCGUUGAUUUAACUGAAACACCCAGCAUAUCUCAAAUAGCUGAAGAUGCGGCCCUGUCCAUUCAGCCUAUCCGGCGCCAGAGAUCUAAGAGUUCGACUCGUGAGUUCGCUUUAAGAGCGGCACACGAAAGUCAUAAAUCACAUCGAAGCGUGGGAAGCUUAAGCCUUAGACCUGAUGAACAAAUUGGGCUUCGGACUAUCUUCAAAGGAGGUGCCAAACUUGAUGAUAUGAUACGUGGUGGCGUCUCAAAAAUGACAGAUCUUAUAUGGAAGAAGGACUCCGAUUCUUCUGACUCUUCAGACGAUGAUUCUGAUACCGAUUAUCGCAGAGGUCGGCCUACAAAGUUGUCCUUACUAUCUCCAGUGAGCUCAACACGCCACGAUGACAGCCGCCGCCCAGCGAAGAACUACAUGGAUAUUAUGCCAAACUUCAAAUCGACGACGGAUUCUAUGGACAGGUCCGUUUCUCAAAACAUUGAUACCUCUUUGCAUCCAGUCUCUUCACGACCCCCCAGCAGAUCACCCCGCUUCGACCAACUCAAACCGCCACGUAUUGAUAUUCGUAAAGCUUCACCUGAGGCAUCCGAGCUUGAGGAUGAUAAUGAUAGACAUCCCCGAGAGUUUAUCGACCCAACUUCGUCUGAAACGGAUUCAUAUUUCCACGACUCCGAUCAUCUCAUAAACAGACCAAGACAGACGUCAAAAGAGCUUCAACACUUUCACUCCAGAAAUAACAGGGAGUCAUCUGUUUCCCAUUUAGAUAACGGGCCGCGCGUAUAUAGCCAUCGAAACUGGGUCAUCCCCGACCUCACCUCGUUGUCUCAACAUGCCCUCAUCUCGAGACGUGAGGUAGCCCGUCUACGCACAUUGAUUCUCUGUUCGGGUAUCAAAGCUAUGGAAAUUUCCCGCCGCGCAAAUGAGCCCCUUUCUCUUUUCGGGUCAGAUAACAUGACGAUGGGCUUACAGGGCAUGGGUCUAAACCGUUUUGUGCCAGAUGAAAAACGUCAGCUGCAUAUGCCGCAGACGGAGCUUUUCCCUGCCACCGCUGGUGUUCUCUCCCAUAAUAUCGAUCGCUCUAUUGAUAAUUUCGAGAAAUCUGCCUCUGAAUUCUCAAAAGAUGUGGCACGUCUCCAACACCAAGUAGACAUGGUUCACAAUCGCGUCGCUGUUGAGUUGAUGGACAUGACACAUCACGCUGCUGAUGAAGCUGAUGAAUUGAGCCUCGACCUAGUAGAUUAUCAACGCCUCAAGGUCGAGGACGCCGUGAACACGAUAGAUAAUAUGUUGAGACAGCGACGGCGGCGUUUCCGUUGGGUGCGCAGGGCCGGCUGGUUAGCUGUUGAAUGGGUUCUUGUCGGGUUUAUGUGGUAUGUCUGGUUUAUCGUUAUGAUUACACGCAUAAUACUCGGUGCAGGUCGAGGCGUCGUCUCUGUUAUUCGAUGGCUUCUUUGGAUUUGACCUUGCUGCACCUUGGAGCUUCCUAGCUGUUUCCACGCUAGUAGACCACAGUCUGGCGACCCAUUAUCCUCUACAUUUCUUUACAUGGGGCGUUUAUGCCACCCUUUCAGAUACCCUGCCUCCCUUACCAGUAUCUCCUUAACAAACUAGACCUUUCUAAU